AUGAACAAAGACCAGAUGCAGAGGAGUUUUGGGGGUACGCAACAACCAUCUAUAGACCAAACUCCUUUUAACAAGCUGUGCGCACAGAGACAAGAACCAGUCAACAUGAGGAGAUGGUGCAGUCUGACAGCGCCCCCUGCUGAUGACAGUGAGCUGCGGAAAGUCCUCUUAAAGGGGAUGUCUGGAGAACCGGAAGAGCUUUUUAAGGUGGACCGAUCAGCCAUGUUCAGAGCGUUUCUUUCUACGUUCAUUGCGUUGCAGUGUUUCUGUCACGGCUCGUCUGCGGCAGGUCACGGGGAGCAGCCGUGGUUCAUGGGGUGUGUCAAAGCCAGCAGCGGACUUUAUCCAGCCGAGGGUGUCCGUGACCUUGACCCGGUAACCUGCUCUGUUCGCUGCCUGGAUGAAGGGUACCAGACUGCAGCAUUAACCCCAGAGAGUUGUUACUGUGGUAACCAGCAGCAUGAUUGGACAGUCAAUGAGUGCUUCAACACAUCUCUCCACGAAGGGUUAAAGGACAUCAGAGGAGACACUGAGGGACAAAGCGUGCUGUACCUGCCUGUUGGAAGCAGAAAGGGAAAUCUGGCACUCUACAGAACUAAAGGACCCUUUCUGCACAGCAUCAGUCUGUCUACCUCUCCAGACAGAGUGCAUGCUGGGAGGACUUUUGUCUUGGAGGUUUCUGGAAACCUGGCUGGACGCCCCAGCCAGCCCACAGGGCUUGUGGGUGUGGGAGAGACGAGCCUCUCUCAUGUCACUGUGGACUUUCCGGGAAAGACCACUGAGGGUCAAAGUUCACAUCAUGUCGACGUGUUGGAUGACGAUGUCAGUGUCUCCAACCCUCUAUCCAGACUCUCCUCCACCCUGCAGCUCUCUGUGUUGCAGCCAUUUCCUGACGCCUUGGUGAUCUCUUUGUUUCAUGGCCCCCUGGGUGUCCCCUCCUGCACCCCCAACAUACAGAUGAACUCCCACAAUAUGACUGUGAAGGCAGCGUACGUGGGCGACCCUGUCACACUGCAGGCGUACGUGGCUGAUGGGCUGGCAGCAGAGUUCACCUGGUGGUUUACUGACAGAGAGAGGGAGGAAAAAAAGGGGGUGGAGGAACAGAGGACCGGUGUAAAGACAGACUGCCUCCCAAACACUGACUGUCUAAACAGCACUGUGAUCUGGAUCUUUGAAACAGAAGGAGUUCAUGUGGUGUCAGUUAAUGCCUCCACUGUCUACGGAUGGACACAGGAAACGAUCUAUAUUGUGGUUGUGCGUCUUGCCGUCUCUGACUUACGAGUGAGUGUAUCUGGGAAUCAGCUGAGUGCAGGAGAGGCCAUUUCUGUAGAGGUGGAGCUGCUCACCACCAUGAAGCACCUUCUUCUUCUCAACCUCACGCUGAACGCAGACAACGGCCGCAACGAUGAUGUCAGAAGCGACUUCACUAAUUGCAAUGAAAACAUCAGCGACAACACCGCCAACAUUAAUAAAGCUGAGAAUCACAUAAGAAAAACUACCAAGCAUGAAAUCAGUAAUGAUCACAACUUAGGCAACAGUAACCAUGGAAACAUCAACUGUAAUCACAAUCUCAAUCAAUAUCACAAUAACAUCUGUUGUCACGGUGGCACCCAAUCCCAUGCCCACCCUAAUUGCCUCAUCCUUGUGCACCUCCUUCACACGUCCAACCGCUCCGACUGCCAUGUGCACCUCCACCUUCACUGCCGCCUCCCCACCACUGAAGGACAGUAUCACCUCACAGCCUCUGUGCUUUCCACCGCUGAUCCUUCAUCAGUGCUGCUCUCCACUUUACCACCUCAAGCUUUGAUGGUGCAUGAGCGUUUACGAGCCCCAAGGCCUUCUGGGAGUUGGAUGUCAGUUGUCCCGACACAAUCUGAAUUCAGCCUGGAGGUCGUCAGCUGUGUGAAGUCUAAAGUGGUUUGGAUUUUUAGUUUGGAUGAUGCUGUUGUGAUUAACAGAACAACUGAAAACUGGUACAUAAAUGUGUCUCUUCCAAUAGCAGGGAGGUAUAAUGUCACAGUUAAGGCAUUUAACCCAAUCAGCUGGGCCUCCUUUCACAAACACAUAGUGGUUCAAGAUCCAGUCGGAGAGCUGUUGUUAAAUGUUCCGAAUGUGAUGGCGACAAAUCAAAAACACUGGGUUUUAUUUGGCGUCACAUCAGGGUCAAACAUGACUGUGUGUCUGCUUGUGAAUGCAACACUACUGUACAGAAACAGCAACUACUCUGCAGCAGAGGAGGCAGCAGCGGUUUUGUUUUUUGACCACGCUGGGACAGUUGUGGUUGAGCUUCGAGCUGAGAAUCGAGUGUCUUCUCAGAAUAAGAACGUCACAGUGAGUGUUGAGGGGAAACGGAAGCCGUCACCACAAGUGAAUCCAACCAGGCAACCAGCCACCAGUCAAAGACCUGUUCACAACCUGACUGACAACACUGUGAGGAUUCAUGCAGCAAAGCAAGCUUAUCCCACAAACACAGAUAUAACCUUCCUGGCUGUGGCUGAUGUAAUGAAGCCUGUGGAGUUUCUCUGGUACUUUGGAGACUCCAAAUCCACCAGAACCACGUCAAAGACUGUCACCAAAAGAUACUAUGCUCCCGGGAGGUAUGAUGUAGUCGUAGUUGUGUCUGCUGGUGGGACCUCCAUCACCUCUGAAGUGUUCCCGCUGGUCAUCCAGAGAGCAGUGAAGCUUAACAGGUUGGUCCACCAGGCCUCUGUCCUGCAGAACCACACGGUGACGGUGAGUUGCCGGGUCAACGUGGGCACUGAUGUCAUUUUCCUGUGGAGCUUCGGAGAUGGAACAACACGGUGGGGACAGAGCACUGAGCAGCACGUCUUCCACAGGACCGGCGAGUUCAGAGUGGGGGUGACUGUGUCCAACCUGGUGAGCUCUGCCUCUCUGAGCAGCCACAUCUUUGUUGUGGAGCAGCCGUGUCAGCCUCCACCUGUCAAAAACAUGGGGCCUCUCAAACUACAGGUACGAAGACACGAGGUUAUCCGUCUAGGAGUGACCUAUGAGACUGAGCUUGACUGUGACAUAUCAGGAGGUCUUCACUACACCUGGACCUUGUUUGACUCUGCAGGCCAGGUUUUCCCUUUGCCUCUCAUAAACACUCACAGACAGAGCCUCAUACUGCCGAGCCAUCUCCUGCAAUAUGACACCUACACUGCCAUAGCCAGGGUUCAGGUUGUCGGCAGUGUGGUGUACAGUAACUACAGUGUGAGGGUUCAAGUGAUACCCAGCCCUCUUGUGGCGGCCAUUCAGGGCGGCACCAACACUUUCAUUAACAACAGAAACACCACCGCGGUAAUGCUGGACGGGCAGAUAUCUUACAACCCUGACUUCCCCAUGAGCCCAGUCAGCUUCAGCUGGGGAUGUAAACCAGUCAGCUCCAUCGCUGGCUCCUGUUUCAACCAACACGUCACCACUUCCUCCUCUGUGCUCACAUUUCCUGCUGGCUUCCUAAAACACAACUUUGACCAGUUUCGGUUCACUCUCACCAUCAACAGUGGAGAACAUUCAGCUUCAACAGAGACCUUUGUCACAGUUGCACCAAAUGUAAAUAGAAAGUUGGAAGUUUACUGCCCUCAGUGCCGAGGAGACCAGGUGAACUGGGAUCAGUCUUUCUCCAUCAAUGCCUUGUGUGAAGACUGUGAUGUUUCCCCACAACACACCCAGUACACCUGGAGCCUGUACCGGGUCAACGCCUCGUCCAAACCUGUCAUAGAAGUCCCAUUUUGUUACACGGUGGAUCUCAGCGCUCCGUCCACCAUCAUUGAGGGUCCUGCUACUUCUCCUCAGACUCCUGGGACUUCCUCCCUGCAUCCACCUGCUGCAGAUUCUCCACAUUACACUCAUACUGUUCAAGCCUUCCCUACUGUCUCUCUGACUGAGAACGCUUCUGAAACUGCAGCUGAAAAGCUAAACUUGAGUGUGACUGACAGCGAGACAGCAUUAACGAGGAACAGAGACACAUCACACAUCGCCGGAGAGGAGCCCAUUUAUCAUCCUAUGGGAGAAAUUGACCAUCUAGAGCUUCUGUACUCCUCCACUGAAUACCUGCCACAUGCCCAUGACAGUGGUAGCGUCCAGGAUGACAUUGUCAGUGAAUUUCCUAUUGAUUCAGACACUUCUACUGACUGGGAGUUUUCUUUUCCUGUGCUGGAGAGUGGCAAAGUGGGAGAUCAAAUGGAUUAUGAUGUUCCCUUCCUGAGCACAGAAGAGGGAGACCCAGGAAUCUCAGCAGGAAGACACACAGGUGUGGAUGAUGAGACCUUCAGUCCAGGAGAUGACGCAGUGUUUUAUUCAGUGUCACCUGUUGAUGAGGGGAGCAAUCUGGUGGAUUCCAGGCCGUCUGUUGUGAUCCAGGAGCCAACCUUGCUCGACUUACCUCGAGACCUAGUAGAUAGAGGGCUGUUUGAGUCCUACACUUACACAGGAAUUUCCUCCUCUUUGCUCAGUUUAAGACCCUUCAGUCUGAGACCGGGGAGUAGAUACAUGUUGGAGGUCACUGCCAACUCUAAAAGUAGUUUAUUGGGCCGGACUCAGAUGUUUUUAAAAACCAACCCUGCUCCAAAAGGAAUGACGUGCCAGGUGCAACCGAUCAAAGGGUUGGAGUUAUACACACACUUUAGCAUCUUCUGCACAUCAGGGAAAGAGGACUUACUGUAUGAGUACAGCUUCAGUGUCGGAAACAGACCUCCCAGGAUAUUGUACCAUGGGAGAGACUUCCAGUACUACUUCAGCCUUCCCUCUGGAGACCGCAGCGACGGCUAUAAAGUAACUAUUUACAUAAAGAUCAGAAGCAGCGUGUAUGGAACGACCACUAAACCCUGUCCUGUCACCGUCCAAGUCCAGCCAAGCCUCCUCAGAGACAGUUUUUCACCCCAUCAUGAUCCUGAUCUGGAGCUUUCAGAGUCAGGUCUGAAGAACCUGUCAGCUAUGGUCCGGCUUGGGAACAGUGCAGAGAUCCGUAACUACGUUAGUCUCAUCUCCAGCAUCCUAAACAGACUCAGCAAGGACACAGAGGCCAACACACAUGCACAGAGACGCACACGCAACAUACUCAUUUGCAUAGUGUGUGAACUUGAGAGCAGCGAACAGGCAUCAAUGGUAGACAGCAUCAGCAUUCUUAAAGACCUUUUACAAGUUACUAGCCAGGUGACAUUAGUGAGUGCCAGACGUGUGAUGGCCCAUGUUCAUGCCAUCUCAGAGCACUUUUCAGAGUCCACUGUUCCAGUCCGCUACCAUCUGGACCAGAAGACACUGAACAUCGUGUUCACUCUGCUCUCAUACAGCCUGCAGGUGGCUGUCAACAGUUAUGACUUCACAACCAACAGUGCUGAUGUUACACAAGAAUUGGAAUCAGACUCACUUACUGGUGAAAAAAUAAGAAAUGCUGUAGGUGCUCUGAAUGGCUGCAUAUCAGACUCAUCCAGCGGUGUUUUUAUUAAAACAUCUAUUUCAAUAAAGCAGGCGGUACAGCAUGUAGAUGAUGUUCUGCAGACUGCUUCAGAUCUGAUGCUGGAGCAUAGAGUCAUCACCGGUCUCAUGUCCUUUUAUGUUACAAACCAAAACCAAACCUCCACAGUCAUCAGCAGUGGCGCAACCACCUUCUACAUGCCUCCCUCCCUCAUCCAGCUCCUGUUUGCUGGUCGCAGAGGAGACACUGAGAGCAGACAGCGUCGACCGUGUGUGCUCAGCCUGCUCACUGAGCUCACCCAGAGCCCUAUCAGCUGGGCCCGCUAUCCUGGAAAGGUGAGUGGACCAGUGGUUGAUCUGAGUCUGUAUGAAUGCAGCACGAGGAGAAGAAUUCCUGUUCGAACCCUUCUUCAGCCAAUCAACAUUGAGCUGCAGCAAUCACCAAGAAACAGCUCUGUGCGUGACUUUGUCCUCCUGCGCAGCCAGAUCAACUAUCACAGCUUCAACAUUACCCAGGAGCACUUGCAGCAAGCAAUACAGUUGAGUGUGGUGUUUGCGCCGCCACCCAACAAGACGUUUCCAAUCAUGCUGCUCUUCAGUAUGUUUGAGAGGCCGACUCCCAGCAUGCACCAUCUGCACAGGAUUCACCAGUGGGAGACCAACAGUACUCGCAUCACUCUGCCACCGUCCUACCUCCAUACUCCAGGUGUUUAUUACUUGGCCUUGCUGAACGCUGACUUUGCGAAGCCACCGAGACACCAUCAUCUGAGCAGCCAGGUCAACUACAGUCUCACAGUGGACAGCAGACUGUGUUUGUCCUGGGACGACCACCAGAGGGCAUGGACACACCUUGGCUGCAGAACACAGCAAGAAGACAGAAACACUGCAGUCAACUGCAGUUGUCACCAGUUGAGACCGUUGACUGUGGUGAAGCAGCAGAUCCAGAGCAGUCAUGACACAGCUGAUCUGGACCCGUUCCUAAGUGUGUCCAGUGAUCUGACAGUGCUCUGUGUGCUGGUACUGUGUGUGUGCCUGUACAUUGCGGGGUUGUUGGUGUGUAGGAGAGCCGAUGUCAUCUCCAAGGAGAAUCAGAAAGUCCACUACCUUACUGACAACUCUCCAUGUGAUCCAUACCUCUAUGCUGUGACCAUCCACACCGGUCUCUGCUCUGCAGCCAGUAUGAGUGCAAAGGUCUACAUAGUGCUGUAUGGUAAAGACAGGUUCUCGGAGACAAGAGAACUACAAGUCCCAGGAUGCAAUCUAUUCGGGAGGAACUCUCAAGCCACGUUCAUACUCAGUGCAGCAGACAGCCUGGGUGCAGUGUGGGGGGUUCACAUCUGGCAUGACAACUCAGGACCCUCCCCAAACUGGUACCUCAAACUGGUGGAAGUAUCUGAGGUGAUCAGAGGCCACGUGAAAGGCCGCACCUGGCUCUUUGUCAAUCAGUGCUGGUUGGCUGUGAGCAAAGGUGAUGGCCAGGUGGAGCGAAUGCUACGUGUUUGUACCCAUGGAAUAGGCUUUGCUAAGAUGCUGUGCCUGAAGUUAUCUGACUACUUGGCUGACUUCCACAUGUGGAUGUCUGUGUACAGUUGCCCCUGCCCUGGCUCGUUCACACGCACGCAAAGACUUAGCAUGUGCCUGCUGCUGUUGUUGGGUUAUGCGUGUGUCAGUGCAGUAAUCAUAUCCGAAAUGGAUGAGCAGUUUCCAUUGGAGGUGGGCAUGAUUGAUGUAUCAGCUGUUUCCGUGACAACGGGGGUAUUAAGUGUGGUGGCAGUAUUGCCAGCAGCAACAGUAAUGUCCUUCCUGUUCCGACUGCGUGAGGUCAAGCUGAUAGGGUCAGGGGUCCAACACACAAAGGGCAGAAACACUGACAAUGGCUGUUUUGAUGAUGCCCUCUCAGUGAACAACAGUAUAUUUGAGCCCUCUUGGAGCAGCAUUCAGCAGUGGGCGCAGGAAGCCUGGAGGAAGAAACCCCAGGGUACAGACUUGCUGUCAAAUGAGAAGUCUGUGAUCCAAACAGAUGUGGUCAUAAGGACGGAGGAUGCUCUGGAAGUUGAGAGCAGUACAGGACCAGCACUUCAAAACUCAUUUCUGAUAACAGACGGAAACAAGGCUGAUCAAGAGUUGGGUCAUGGUAGCAAGAGCAGCAUGCUUCAUGGAAACCAGGAAGAUCGUUUGUCUUUUACGAGGGAUAAAGAUCCAUCCAACAGUGGCCUGGAAAAUGACCAGCUUCACCAGGCAGCGUGGUACAAACACAACAGCUGUUCCCACAUCACCGACACUCUGAGAGGGAGACGAGUCAGAUCAGCAUUGCAGUGGUGUCACUAUCUGGCCUGGGCACUGUGUCUGCUGUUGUCCCUCUCCUGUCUGGUGCUCUCUGUGGUGCUGGGACUGAGGUUCAGCAGCAGCAAGGUCCUGCUUUGGAUACACUCCCUUUUCUUCUCCUUGUUGUCUUGCAUCUUCUUAAUCCAGCCAGCUGUGAUACUUGCAGUAGCAGUAACUGUCUCCCUUUGGUACAGAAGAAGACCCGACUUUCACAGUUUCUCAAGUAUCACAGACUUUGAGAUAGAGACUUCUAUACUGUCAGACCACAAUGGUGCUAAUCGACCAGAAGAGCAGUUCAAGCCAUCUGCUUUACCUCAGGAAGGAUGUUCAUAUCUCAAAAAGCUUCUUGGAGCUCGUCAGCGAGCCAGGUACCUACGUCUUGUGCGUCCGCUGACUCCAGCAGAGCUGAGGAGGACUCGUCGGAGGAAAAGAAGAGAGACUCUCAUCCAUAAAAGCCUCAGGGAUUUGUGUGUCUGCGUCUCCAUGCUUUUCUUCAUGCUGUGUAUAACCUUUGGCAGCUCAUUCAGUGACCAUUAUCACCUCAAUAAAGCUGUCAGAAAACAGCUUCUAGGCGGCCAGGAUAAUGACUUCAUUUCUAUACAAAAGCAUGAGGACUGGUGGAGGUGGACACAGAGCAGUCUGCUUAACUCACUGUACAAGAAUUCAUCAGCCACAACUAAGUUCGAUGUCAUCCAACAAUCACACAUCUUGAUUGGUGAGCCGAUCCUGGUGAAGACAGAGAUCUCCAGCUCAUUUCAGAACCAGGUCUCUGAUGUGAGUCUUGUACCAGAAUAUCUUCACUUAUUAUCUGGGAGCAGGGCAUCCACUUACCCACAGUCAGAUGCUAUGGUUGCUAUGGCAACUCCUCCAAGGACAUGUGAUCACCUGGGCUGCUACUCAGGAUCAAGUAUUGCAGUUAGCCUCGGCCACACAAAUCCCUUCUGCAGGUCUGACGCUGUGUUCAGAUUGAAGCUCCUGCAGUCAGUUGGCUGGCUCGGCAGACAGACGGUGGCCCUGAAGGUCCAGUUCACCUUGUACAGCCCUGCACCCAACUUGUUCAGCAGUGUGACCCUGCUAGUUGAGCAGAGCCCCACUGGUGCCCUGCUGCCCUCUGCCAAAGUCCAGUCAGUUAGGGUGUAUCACACUCCUGCUGUGUGGGACUAUAUUGUAAUGAUCUGCCAGCUUCUCUUCCUCCUCUUGUCUCUGCUGCAUCUCUGUCUUCAAGUGUACACUGCAGGACAGCAAGGGUUGAUGGGAUACUGCAGGACACCCUGCAACUGGCUGGAAGCCAUUCUGCUUACAGUGACCAUAGUGUACUAUGUUCAUUACAUAUAUCACUCUGUUGUCAUCAUGGAGGUUGUGGAGCUUCUGCAGAGACAUAACUACAGAGAGCAUGUGGAUGUUAGUCUCCUGGCUACCUGGGAACAAUAUAUUCGGGCUCUGCGUGGUGUUAUGCUAUUCCUUGUCACCAUGAGGUGUGUGACUGUGUCAGGGCUGAACAGGACCUUGUCUACCUCUGCUACACUCUUCGCCCACUCGCUCUCCAGCCUGGUCUGGCCAAUGAUUUCAGGUAUUAUCCUGCUGGUGGCGCUGUCCUGUGUGGGGAACUUGCUGUUUGUACAAAGCUCCUGGGCUUUCAGCACUCUUCCACGCUCCCUUCUGACUCUGCUCUGUCACUACUGGGGUCUCAGGGCCGCCGGGGGCCUCCCCCUUUUGGGACUUGGUUUCCUCUAUUAUAGAGCUCUCUAUCUGUUCUGCACAGUAGUGUGGACAGCAGUGAUGACAGGUGUGGUGUCCUCGUUGGUCCGAAGUGCCAGAAGAUCUCAGAGCUGGAGUGAUGUCCUCUCCAUAAGGGAAUUAUUCAGCUGUAUCAAACAGAGAGUUUCUGAGUUUACUGGGCAUCAUAGACCAAAACGGACUGAUAACAAUGUGGAGACAAGGACCUAUUACCUCGAGGAGUUUGAAAGCUCAGUGGAUGAACUGUUGUUCAGACUCAACGCACUCUCCAACAGCCUGCACCACAUGCUGCCACCCAAAGACCAUCGCUACAGGGAGGACAGCCCUGUCAGCUCACUCAUACAGGAACCCUCUGACAUGGACUCACAGAGCUUUAGGAGAACAGAACAAAUGAUUGUGAAUGACCACACAGAUGUCAAUGACGAUGGAGAGAGCCCACCUGUGCCUCACCUGCUCAGAUCCCAGCUUGAACUGGAGCUACUGCAGCUCCCUGCACACAGAGGUCAAAGGUCAGACACUCCCAUGCAGAGUGGAACAAGAUCUGAAGAACAUUCAAAAUCCACAGUGUGGCAGCCUUAUUUUAAGGGAGAAAACAGUCUGUCCCUCCCAGAGUCAUCAUCUCCUACAGGGCUUUGGAUGGGAGAGCACCUGCAAAGUGGAUGGGCAGCGUCUCAAUCAGGCCCUUGUAAUGUUCUGGAGAUGCAAAGCAGCCAAUAUACUAAGACAAGUAACAGCUGUUGGUUCAGUACAAGUGGUAGGUGUAGGACAGAGGGUCCAACAGCCACUCAGGCUACCCAUACGGAAGUGGUGGUGGAGGUUCUGGUCCAUGAAGAGCCUGGCAGUGUAUAGCCAGAUAAACAGUAAGAAAACGAGACAUC